CUCGAUUAUACGCGCUGCGGCUCAUCAUUGCUCAACGUUAUGCCUCUAAUGGCUUCCUCGCGCAAAGCAACGGCAGCCUCAAGAAGCUUGAAGCCUAAGACUGCUGUCCCAUCUUCCGAUGAACUUGUUGAAAAGCCAGGGGACGAGCGAACAACCUCCAAAGCGAAAGGAAAGCAGAAGGCGAAAGACGAGUCUCCGGAACAACGAAAGAUUUCUGCAAUGCUUGAUGUAAACGCAUCUUUGCAGACAAUGUCAUUAAUGGCAAAAUCCGGUUGGAAGGCAAAUUUGGAAGAGGGGAGAACGAAGUCGAGCGCACUCAGCAAGGUGUCAGCUGCUAUCUCUCGUGCAAAUGAAGCUUUGUCGUGCCUUCGUGUUCUAUGUCCGGAUGACCUUGACGUAGAGCGCGCCGCAUCCAGCAUGAUGAGCAAACUGCUUGUUCUGGAGAUGCACAAUACUACCCUUCCUUUCCUUGGUGGCAUGCAUGCUCGUCUACUCGCUUUGCUUAGGGCGCCUGACUCCGAAGUAUCAGCCCACUCUGUCACUACUUCAAAGUUUCCAGUUCGCCUGCUUUCCCUCCCGCUGCCAACGAUACCGCCCCAAGCAGACGUCGCGCUUCUCACGCUUAUCUCAACGUAUCUAAUACACGCAAUCAUUUCCUUUACACAUAUUGCAACGUCCUCCUCGUCAUCGACUACUACUAUUCCGGACUUGUUCUCCACAGCUCUGGUAGAAUCCGGCACGCUCUUGACAUGGAUACCUUAUUGUGUAUCUUUACCCCGCAAGCACAUAGACACUACGCUCAUACGGGCAUACACUGUGCUGACAAAAUCAUGCUCCUCAAUGUCUGCAAACUCGCGUUCGACCUUCCUCAUCCGCAUGUAUGCACUCAAGUGCCUUCUAUCCACGAGUCCUGGAACCGUUCAGCCGAACACAUUCUGGGAUCAAAUACAGAAGUCAUGCACGGCGUAUGUCAGAUCUUCUUUUCCCGUAUCAGAAGCGCACGAACUUUCCGUUGCAACGCUCGUGUCAGAGUGCCUUGGUGAGGUCGUACUGAUCGCACAGUCCAAACCAUCGUUUAUGGAGGGAAAGUCAUUUAUCCUGCUCUGUGAGACAUGGACAAGUUUGGCAAAGCGGAGCAACGACUUGUGCACCCUUGAUCGCAUAACAGAUCUGAUGGGUCCGGCGUCUUCGUCUUGCUCGUUAGCUGAGGUCGAUAGCCUAGCGAACAAUCUCAAUCAACUCGACAUCUCUGCUCCGUUGCCGAAAAACAAAGACACUGCUGUUCUCGAGUGUGCAAAAGCUUUGGCAAUAUUAACUAAAGUCACUGCAUGCUUAGAUACAAACUCCGACGAAACAGAUGACCUCUCCAGACGUGUUCACGAAGCGACCAAAGUUCUCCCUAGUUUUGGUGGCCUUUUAUGCCUUUCAGCAGAACCGAAUGACGAGCUGCAGCGUGUGCAGGGAAAGCUCCAACGUACCCUAGAGAGACUCAGACGAGCUUGCAUCAAGGUCCUUGAUGGAGAGGCGAAGGUCCAAAAUCAUGUAAUAAUUUCCCUACUAAUGGUAAUUUCCACCGCCUUGGAAGAUGCCUUCAAGCAGAACCCAAGUAAAGACAUCUUGACCACAUCCUUCGAUUCACUAUUUUCCCUCGCGCGCAUACGGCUUAAAUGCAAUGAUCCUGACACUUAUACGCCCACUCUCGACCUCCUCAAUCGUACCAUAAUCCUUCUAGACUCUACCCCCGACCAUGUGAAUGCCAUCCCGGCUUCCGCGCGUGCCAACUACGUCCGCUGCAUCUCUGGGGCAUAUCACAAUCUGGCUGGCACGCUGUAUCAAAGCUCCAAGUACGGGGGCGCAGUGCGUUUUCUGAAGGAAGGAUGUUCACUCGGGGCACGGGCACUUCACAUGCGAGCGAGUCUUAUACAGGACGACGCAGAAGAUGGUGAACGGGCCGAAGGGUGGAAACAACUCGAAGAACAGAUGUAUCGCAGGUGGGAGCUUCUUGCGGUGUGCUAUUCUAAGAUUGGGGACCGGAAGCUUGCGUGUGACGCGUUUGUGGAGAGCGUAAAAGCCUUUCCGUAUGGCUCAUCCGGCCUGGAGCACCUGGCCAGGUCAGCAGCGUCGACGAAUGCUUUCAGCGCGAAUGCAAGCACAAAGCAGCUUGGUGGGAUAGUUGACAGACUGACGUACACAGUGACGUGCGAACUUUUUCUCCCUGCAAGUGAAGUCAGCCUCCAUACUGCACUGAAACCGGGUGUCAUUAGUGACGAGGUCCUAGGCCUGCUGCUCGAGCGUCAGAUUUCAACUCUCGAACCUUGCCUUCGGAAGGAUAGUGUGCAGACUAUUGUGCGCGGACUGUUGCAAGAUGUUCUAUUGGUGUACAAGGCUACCGUUCUUCCACUGCGCAGGGCUAGAGUCCUCUUGAAAUGCAUGGAGCUCUUGUGGAAGGACGGGAAUGCCAACGGUGGAGAAACUUCCUGGACCGCGGAGCACCUGGGUGAAGAAGUCUUAAACCUGCUCACUGUUGAGGACCUUGGGCACGACUCCGCCUUUGUGGUAUUCCGCUCACAGUACACCGUAGCGGUUCAUCUUUGGUUGAGCCUCUUCGCGUAUCGUAGCGCAGGAUCACCAAUGACUUCGACCGUGUCAUACCAUGUAGAGGAGGCGUGCAACAUCUUACGCGGUCUCAUUCCUAACUCUUCAAUUGACACGGAUCCCAAGAUGACGCGAUCACCUACUCAUGCGAAGAAGCCGACAAGAGCUGCGAGCGUACGUACAACAAACAAGACAAGAGCGCGGAAUCUUGUCACACCACGUCCGCGUAAAGCUUUCGAGAAUGUGUCAAAUGUUAUUCAAAGCACGCCUCCAAAGGAGACUGGUGCCAUGAUUGGUGCUCAGAAGGCGGUGAUUGUGUUCGACCUGGAGAUAAUCGUCGGUCAACUUCAAAUGAACAUCCAUUUGCUUGGACUUCUGGGUCUAGCCUUACUGAAGAUCAAGCUUCUGGAGGCUCUGAAGCGCAUCUGCGAGCGCCAAUCCGUUGUAUCCACUGAUCUAUACAUCAUUAUAUGCGUUGAUCUCGCGUCGGAGUAUGUUAAGUUGGGCAAAACGAAGCGUGCUAAUUCCAUUUUUGCGCGAAGUUCAGCGGUGCUGAAAUCGAAUGAUAUUUCCGACGAAGUACGUAUCAGUUAUUUGCUAAGAUAUGCGGAAAUUUUGGCUCUUGGAAACAACAUUCUUGAAAGUGCUUCCUUCUACUGUCAAGCCAUGGGUUUGUCUGAAGCUUCUCCGCCCGAAGACAAAGCUCUACCGACCGCUGAACGGAUAAGGCUGCGUGUUGGACGACUCGAGCGUGCGGCGAUGGCUUGCAGAGUCUCCGCAGCUAUCCAAUACUCUAGGAACAACGCAGGCGGUGCUUUAGAGUACAUGUUGCAAUCAUUGCGACUGUGGAAUCGUGCCGUGGACACGCUUUCUCGAUUAAGCCAGCCUUCCUCCAAACCCACCAAGGCAACCGAUGAGUCAAAUCCAUUCGAGGCUACCCCUCCAGAAUCGUCACCCGCCAGCGAUACUCGGUCCAAUGACCACUCAAGAUUAUCUAGUCAGAAACGUCUCAUGGACGGGAUAGAGUGGCGAAUGGUUGAAGGACUGCUUUCAACCCUGUUGACUCUCACUCACGCCUACUUUACUCGUGGUUCUUCCCGCGAAGCCGAGUAUUUUGCUAAGCAAACACAGGACCUCGCCGAGUCCAUUAAUGCCCCGACCAUGGUUGCUCGUGCACUGAUGCGCAUGGGUGAGAUCCAGUUAUACCAGAGGCAGCUAGAUGCAGGAAAGGACUGCUUGGUCAAGGCUGCGGAGUUGCUACAGGAUCUGCCGGGUGUGGAUGGAGCUGAUAUGAAGCGGCUGAAUGGAGAUUGGAAUCGCUUGAAUGAGCAAACCCAGGACGCAAGAGACCUCUAUGAGGAGGCAUGUGCGAUGCUUGGCGAACUCGAGGGAAUGUUGGCGUCCUUUGACGGCAGUCGCCGUAAAUCCAGCGUAACGCUUUCACCACAAGUUACCUUAGCUGCCGCCGGACAGGGAGCAAUAGUCCCUACAUUGUUGUCUGAUAUUCUCCGCCACCAUAUCUGGUUACUGCGCGAUGAUGGAGAUGCUACGAUCAAGGAUCUGAUAGAGCGUCUUAUGGCUUUGCCCGCUUCCCAAGAUACAAAGGGAGAAGAGCAUGCACUUAUGGGGAAACUUACCUUGCAUAGCGUCUACGACCAAUUCCGUUCGGAUAUGUUCCUGAGCUCUUUGGCUGAAUCUACGAUCGCACUACCGAUGGGCAUGACAAGCGACCGAGCGGUAUCGCCUACACCUUCGACUCAAGAUAUCUUGAGUACUCUGGACCAAGCAGAGAAACUCUUUUGGGCCGACCUUGCACUUACUGCGGAUCGGGGGAACGUCCCCCACGUCCGCGAAGCGACUAUAAACCUUGCACUCAUCAAAGCACUUCAAACAUCCCUUGGAAAAGGGGAAAAGGAUGGACCCAUUAUUGCUGCGCAUCUUCUUGAUGCGUCAUCUGCAAUUACUUUACGCCGUGAAAUGCUAGAGGCUAUCAAGUAUAAAUUCCCCAGCGUGCAAUUCGACGAUCUUGAAUGGCCCCUUAUGACGCCCAACGGUUCCCUACUGUCUCGGAAAAGACCAUCUAAUCUUCGGCGGUUGAGAACCUCUAGCACUGAGGAAGCAUCUGACGAUGACGACUCCUCGAGUGCAAGCAUGAAGGCGUACUGGGAUUCCAUCCGCAAGACGUAUGCAGAGCAAUCUUUAGACACUUCCUUGCUAUCGAAUACGGCCAUGUCACAGUUCCCGCCUCAUUGGACAGUCGUCCAUGUCAGCCUCACACCUGACAAGAGUACCCUCUUUAUCUCUCGGCAGAAUAUUUCUUCUGAGCCGUUGAUGUUCUGUGUGCCUCUCAAAGGCCGCCGCGAAUCGGACGUAGACGAACACCUCACGUUUGACGAUGCGGUAAAGGAGCUCGCUGAGAUAAUCCGCUUAAGCAACCAAGGGACACGCAACGCAGUCAACGUACGAAAUGAUGAUCCGCAAGCAAGAGCUGCUUGGUGGGCGGAGCGUAAUGUUCUGGAUAAAAGGAUGCAAGCGUUGCUAGAGAACAUCGAAUUUUGCUGGUUGGGUGCAUUCAAAACCAUUCUCAGUCCUGUCCUACCUAUAUCAGCCGAGCUCAUCACUGAUCUCCGUGUCCGUUUUGAGAAGGUGUUCAAGCGCAUUCUUCCUCCCCCAGACAAGAAACAGAAGCAACAUCCUCGCCUGUCUGAUGUGCUCCUCGAUUGCUUCUCAUCCCUGAGUCCGAAAUGUCGUGAAGAAGAACUUGAAGACUUACUAUUCUUCAUCCUUGACCUGUACACAUUUCAUGGCAUCCCAGUCGCUAUCGCAGAUAUAGAUGUAGAUCAGGUGAUAGUGGAUCUUCGCUGUGCGUUGGAGGAGCAUGCCGCCUUCAAGAACAAACGAGGGAAGGUGGAAUCAACUCCGGUAGACGACCCCCACAUGUUCCUCGUCCUGGACCACAAUGUACAGGGCGUUCCUUGGGAAUCGAUUCCGGUCUUGAGGGGCCAGAGCGUGAGCCGCAUCCCGAGCGUUUCGUUCUUGCUCGAUCGGGUCCGACUUGCAUCUGCUGAGAACCGAUCGGGGGGUGUUGUUGAUCGGACAUCUGUGGAUGCACGCAAGACGUUCUUCGUGCUUAACCCUAGCGGAGACUUGAAAGGAACUGAGGGGCGAUUCAAACCAUGGCUUGAGCAAAUGCGGAGUGUAGGCUGGGAGGGAGUCAUUGGACGGCCGCCAAGCGAACAGCAAUUCUUAGAUGCCCUCGCGCGGAAAGAUCUAGUAGUGUAUUUCGGGCACGGUGGAGGAGAACAGUACGUACGAUCACACAAAAUCCGUCAUUUGCCGCGCUGUGCAGCGACGAUGUUGUGGGGGUGCUCCAGCGGGUUGUUGAAGGAGAUGGGUGAUUUUGACAGAGUAGGCACCCCGUUUAAUUACAUGCUUGCUGGAUGCCCUUUACUGGUGGCGAAUCUUUGGGAUGUAACUGACCGCGAUAUCGACAAGUUCUCACAAGCGGUUUUUGACUCCCUGAGAUUGACUCCGACUCGUGGAGGAGAGCAGGGUAUGUCAGCAGUUAACGCAAUUGCACAAGCCCGAGAGGUAUGCAAACUCAAGUAUCUCACUGGGGCAGCACCAGUCGUAUAUGGGAUUCCGUUCUACCUAUAAUAAUAUGACGACGCACUUAUGCACUCCAUGCUUCAUUUACAUAUUUUUACAAGGUUAAUGACGAGGGUGCAAU